GUGCCUUCUUUCUCUCCACCAAACCACGUCCACUACAGUCCGCUGGCGGACCUGUGAUUUCUUCAAACUUGAAUCUUUCAGAUCAUUCCACGUUAUUUGUUAUUUUAUUUUAUUGAUCUGCCGGUCGGAAAACAAAGCAGCACAUCUUUUGCUACUCGUACGUUUAUUGGACAUCAGGGAAACAGAUUCAAGUGCAAAUAAACCAUCACUAAGAUCCUACUCCAUCCCUGCGACCACCACUGAGGUCUUCCCCAUCUCUGUGACCAUCACUGAGACCAUCUCUGACACCAUCACUGAGAUCUUCACUGAGAAAUUUUUAACCCCUUUGUUACAUACAACUAUCAGCCGGUAAGAUUCAAUGUUGAAACAAGAAUUAUCUUUAAAAACAACAUAUUAUUUGUAUGUCAGUGAUACUAACCCAUCGUCUCAAUGGACAUAAUUUGUGUGUGUGUGUGUGUGUGAGGGGGGGUAGUUACAGGUUUAUUUGGUGCUAAUAGGGGUAUAUAUCCUACGUCAUCUUAUUGUUUUGACAUGAAGAGAUCAAUGACAUUAAAUCACCAGAAUCGGCCUAGCCUCGAUAACCUGAAUCGUGGGCCUAGAGCCUCCAUCCCCUAGAUCGUGGGCAUAGCCUCGAUCACCUGAAUCGUGGGCCUAGAGCCUCCAUCCCCUAGAUCGUGGGCCUAGCAUCGAUCUCCUGAAUCGUGGGCCUAGCCUCGAUCACCUGAGUUCGGCGUUCAAAAAACUAGAACUGUAGUCUUGCCUGCACGAAACACAACUUAUUACACUUGAUAUGAGUUGGAGUUCUUUGAUAGAAUAAACUAAAUGAUGUAUUGCUGGUGUCGUCGGCUGUAACAGUGAACUGUCUUUAAGUUAGAAUAAUAUCAUAACAUUCUCAUUGGCUUCUACACAUUGAUGUGUUCGUUUGGAAAAUAGGAAGAGAGAAAAAGAGACAGAUUCAAUACCAAGAAUUAUAUGGCGUUAGCUUUAACUAAAAACUCAAGGUAAAUUUUUGAAGCUUAUUACAGAAAAACAAAUCGUAAUCAUUGCAAUAAAUAGUUCACAAGUGAACAAAAUUUUGAAUUUUUUUGUAUAACUAAAAAUUAUUUUAGGAAGUUCAUCUUUAACAAAAUGGCGACAUGACUUUAACACAAAGAAUGUAGCAGACGUGUGCACUAGACCCGGAAAUACUUCCAUUAUGACAACUUUAAUAAAUUAAAAAACUUUUAGACGAUUUUGUGACAAAUUAAUUCAAAUUUUCUUUUUUUCUUUUUUUCAUAUAGGGCCUACAGGUUCCGCCAUGACUCCACUACACAUUCCCAUAUAUGGAUUAGCCGGGAAAACAUCAAAAUCAAGGCAUGACUUUGUUAAGCUCAACGAUGACCAGACAUUGACGAGGCUGCUGGACAGAAAUGUCUGGUCACAUAUGGAUCAUAAAAUGUCUUAUGAGAUCUAUACACUGCCAUAGAAUAAACUUACUCUAGAAAUGAAUUCACAAACAUCUUACUAUAGUUAUGAAUUCACACACAUCUUACUAUAGUUAUGAAUUCACAAAUAUUAACCAAAGGAAAGGAAUUGAUAAACAAUCUUAUUCUAGAAAGGGAUUCCCAAAUAUCCUACUACAGUUAUGAAUCCACAAACAUCUUACUAUAGCUAUGAAUCCACAAACAUCUUACUAUAGCUACGAAUCCACAAACAUCUUACUAUAGCUACGAAUCCACAAACAUCUUACUAUAGCUACGAAUCCACAAACAUCUUACUAUAGCUACGAAUCCACAAACAUCUUACUAUAGCUAUGAAUCCACAAACAUCUUACUAUAGCCAUGAAUCCACAAACAUCUUACUAUAGCUAUGAAUCCACAAACAUCUUACUAUAGCCAUGAAUCCACAAACAUCUUACUAUAGCUAUGAAUCCACAAACAUCUUACUAUAGCCAUGAAUCCACAAACAUCUUACUAUAGCUAUGAAUCCACAAACAUCUUACUAUAGCCAUGAAUCCACAAACAUCUUACUAUAGCUACGAAUCCACAAACAUCUUACUAUAGCUACGAAUCCACAAACAUCUUACUAUAGCUACGAAUCCACAAACAUCUUACUAUAGCUACGAAUCCACAAACAUCUUACUAUAGCUACGAAUCCACAAACAUCUUACUAUAGCUAUGAAUUCCCAAUUAAUAUUUAACUAAAGAAAUGAAUUGACAAACAUCUUGCUCUAGAAAAAGAAAAGAGAUAAAAUAGUGUCGACUAAUUUGGACUUACAAACCUCCCACACUACUUGGACUUUUAGACAUACAAUUCUACGUCAUUCUAUUGUGAUUCAUCGCGUCAACAAUAAAACCUUUUUUUUUAAACGA